GCUUUAAGCUUAACUUCUUCAAGCUCAAGAGCUUGUUUUUGCUCCAGUAAAGUUGCUCUAGCAACAAGUGCUGCAUGUUCUGAUUCUUCUUUCAGACGCACUGAUGAUAUCGCGCUUCUUGAUGACCUACUGGAUCUACUUGAAACAACUGACUUGUAAUCACUUCUCAUAAUUUGUGAGAUGCUGUCUUCUGCCUUUACAUCAUCAGCUAAUCCCAACUGCACAUCUGUUGGCAUGCUUGAAACAUCACCUUUGCUUUGAUGUUCAAACUGAUGGUUAACAAAUUCCAUAACAUUCUCCACAAAUUUCUUCACAGAUGUCAUUUUGGUAGUAACACGCUGCUGAUCGUCUCGUUUCAUCCUCAUCCAUAAGAAUCAUUAUUGAAUUAUUAAGCUCCACAAUUUCCCCCUGCAAGUUGUGUAACUCCGACUCCAAAAGCUUCUUUAUCUGAUCAACAUUUUCCUAAUUUUGCAUAAGGUCAUCAUGCAGUAAGUAUGACACGACAUAAACAAGUUCCACAGUCCAGUUCUUGGUUUUUACAAAGGGUUUACUAAAUAAAAAUAAACAUACAAAUAAAACGUUUCCUGGUUCCUUGUCCAAAGUUACAAAGGACUUGACAAAUUACUUGCUUAUAACUCGGUCAGAAAAACUGUGUGCUCAGAGCCUGACCGUCCGAACCUCUCAAAAACAAAAAACACAUCCGGUCACAUGGUUAACAAACAACAAUAUGCCAUAACAUAACAUGUCUAGAGCACAUUGUAUAAAACAAACGUAUUAUUCCAAAACAUAAAGCUAUGUUGGCUAUGUUUUCUUAAUAACUACGUAAACUAAACAUUUUUCAGAUUGGCUCUUACAGGCACAACGCAUUAACUGAGCUUUAUAAACCUUUAUCCAGUCUGGUCUACUCUGUGCAUCCUUAUCUUGAACUGCGACAGUCACAGCUGGCUCUGUCUCACCAAAUCUACCCCUUAAACAUGUCAUCAAUUAUACAUGCAUCUCUUAGUAGGAUCAUAACAGCAUACCAUGCCAGCCGAUUCACAAAACCAGAAGGAUCCUUGUCUGGUUUUGGAAACUGCACAACCAUGGCACAGCUUCAAAGAGAUUAAGAUGUCUUCAUCUAUUAAUAUAUUUAUCUUCAUGUUUUGUUGCUUGAUACUGUUAACAGCUUUUUUGUUGUUCUGCUGGUGGAGUGUAUUUAAGAAGAGAAAAAGAUUUAGGACACUAUUAACUUUGUUUAAUUCACCAAGGUUUAGUCACAGGCUUUCUGCUAGUGUUGUAGUCAAGACCACCUAAACGAGACCAAGACCAAGACCAAGACCGGAGUGUAUCAGGGCCAAGACAACCUCUUAAAGUCUUGGUCUUGUUUCAGUGGUCUUCACUACAGCACUACUUUCUGCAUUGGUACACACCAAGUCCUGCAAUCAAACAGUGGAGUUUCACACAAGUCCAACAUCAACUAAGCCUCAAAAGGUACCACAGAACUGAACCAGCUCCCUGAGAUAAGAGUUAAUCCAGCAGCUACUUUGGACUGGACAGAGCACAGGUGUGCAUGUGACAAAUUACCUAAGCAUUCUUACAGCUGCUCUGUUAUUGCUUUAAUGUAUAUGCAUGGGUUUAGAGGACUGGUUGAUCUGAAUGAAAGAUGAGGCAUGGAUCUCUUAUCUUCACUUUUAACUAAAAUGCUAAGGUUUGGGCUUUAAUACACUGCAUUUAGAUUAAAAUAAAAGCUGGAGUCAGGACCAGUCAUGAAAAUGGUGCAGACUUACUAUCAUAGUAGUCUAAUAUACACAAACUCAGUGACAGUGGAAGAAGAAAGAGGAAGGAGAUAAGAAGAGGAUGGUUAACCUAAAAUAUUAACAGGAAACAUAGCUGCACAGACGCCGGAGAUGAAACCAACAAAUGCAAAGAGGAGUCGACACAAAUAGCUGGAGCUCAGUGAUCUCACCGAAACUUCAGCUUCACAGAGGAACAACAUGAAGAGCUUCCUUCUUCUCGUCCUCUCACUGACGACAGGUUGUGAGGCCAAGGAUAAAGUGAAGGGAUGUACAGGAGCAUGGGUUGAAUUCACCUGCAACUAUCCAAAGUCAAAUUCUCAAAGUGUUGGCAUAGUUCAUAAUACACAAAUAACCAUACGAAGCACUAGGAAGAAUGAGUGGGAACACAACAACAGAUUCUCCCUGUACCAUGAUACACAAAAUAGAAACCUCAGGGUGUUCAUCAAACAUCUUGUACAGGACGACUCUGGGGACUACCAGUGUAGACCACACCAGUCUAGACCACACACAAACAACCUACAACUGGACCCUGAAAAAAGCUGCCUCACAACAGUGAUUCAAACUGCGUACACAACAGCUGAAACCACCAUCACGUGUCACUAUAACCUGGGAAACACAUACAAGUCCAGUGUCAGGUUUUUCUGCAAAAUGAACAUUUCCACCUCUGAGGAAAUUUUAUCAGCAGACUCUCCUCCACAGACAAACGGGAGGUUCACUCUCACAAACACAGACAGUGGCUUCACAGUGUCCAUCAGUAACGUAUCCUCAGAGGAUGAGGGCAUCUACUGGUGUGGAGUCAAACCAGAUAAAGGACGUUACCGUACAGGACUAACAGAGAUACAACUGGAGGUUCAAAAGAUUAAAUACUUCAAAAAAAUCCCCAACUGUUGGACAGAACCUCACGUACUGGUGUGGUUACCACAAUGGUACUUAUAAAAACAAAUUCAUCUGUAAGGGAGAAGAUCGAUCUACAUGUCAGCACCUGGUGAGCACUAACGAGGGAGGCGUGGACGGGA